GUGAGGUGGUGUUCUCGCGUGUGUGUGCGUGUUUGUAUUUCGGAGAAAUAGCUCAGGAAGAAGCAGAAGCACAAUGUCGGAUGCAGAGGUCGUUGAACCGAAGAAGGGUCGUGGACGCCCACCGAAUCCUGACAAGAAUAGUGUUACACCGAAGAAGCGAGCCCGCGCACUCUCACCGAAAGAAUCGAAGGGUGCCGAGGAUCGCGAAAAGGAAAAAACCGUUGCAUCGGACGAUGGGGAAGAACCGUCCCCGAAACGUGGCCGUGGCAGACCAAAGGGCAGCACCAAAAAGGCGGCCAAGUCGGCCAAAAAAGCUCCGGCAGCACCGGUCGGUAGGGGACGGGGUCGUGGCCGAAAGAAGCCGGUGAAAGAGGAAUCUUCCGAGGAGGAGGAAGACGAUGAUGACGACGAUGAGGACGAGCCGGAGGAUAGUGAGGAGGGCAAUGAGGAAAAUUAUGAAAAUGAAGAAUCCGAUUCGUAA